CUGCCGCGAAGAUGGCGGCCGCCAGCCCCGAUCCGCCGCCGUUAAACGGCCCGGAGGAGCUGAUGGAGCCGCCUGGUGAGGAGUCUGAGGGCCUCAGUGUCUCAGAGGAGGUCUGGAACAUCAAGCAGAUGAUCAAGCUGACUCAGGAGCAUAUUGAAGCCCUGUUGGAUAAGUUCGGGGGAGACCAUAAUCCACCCUCUAUCUACCUGGAAGCAUAUGAAGAGUACACGAGCAAGCUGGAUGCCCUGCAACAACGUGAACAGCAAUUGUUGGAAUCCAUGGGGAAUGGUACAGAGUUCCCAAACAGUAAUCCCACUCUGACGGAGCUGAUGGAGCCCUGCACCCACCUCACUGUCACUCAGAACUCUCCGAGCCUGUUACAGAACCCAAGCGACAGUUUGAGGGCUAACCCCAAAUCUCCUCAGAAACCCAUUGUUCGAGUCUUCCUGCCCAACAAACAGAGGACUGUGGUCCCGGCACGGUGUGGGGUGACUGUGAGAGACAGCCUGAAGAAAGCUCUGAUGAUGAGGGGACUGACUGCAGACUGCUGUGCAGUCUACAGGACACAGGACGGGGAGAAGAAGCCCAUUGGCUGGGACACAGACAUGUCCUGGUUAACAGGAGAAGAACUACAGGUGGAGGUGCUAGAACAUGUUCCACUGACCACGCAUAACUUUGUCCGAAAGACGUUUUUCACUCUGGCGUUCUGUGAUUUUUGUCGAAAGCUUCUGUUCCAGGGUUUUCGUUGUCAGACGUGUGGAUACAAGUUCCACCAACGUUGUAGCACUGAGGUUCCUCUCAUGUGUGUCAACAUUGACCAGCUAGAUCUGCUCAUUCUUUCCCGAAUCUAUGAAAACCAUCCUAUUACGCAAGACGAUGUAUCGUCCGGAACAACAACACCGGGUUUGGGGAUGUAUCCUUCAGUUCCACCGUCAGAUUCCACAGGGUCCCUAAUUCACUCCACUGCCUCUCCGACAAAAUCGAUUCCAAUCCCACAGCCUUUCAGACCCAGUGAGGAAGAGCAACGCAAUCAGUUUGGGCAACGUGACCGUUCAUCCUCCGCACCAAACGUACAUCUCAACACAAUUGAGCAGGUCAAUAUUGAUGGUCUGAUCCGUGAUCAAGGUCUACCACGCAGUGACGGAGCCCCCUUGACGCAGCCGAUCAGGUGCCUAAGGAAGUACCGCUCCCGGACUCCCAGCCCUUUGUUGCAAUCUUACCCCAAUGACCUUGUCUUUGAUUUUGAGCCUGGUCCUGUAUUCAGAGGGUCCACAUCAGGCCUGUCGGCCACCCCACCUGCUUCGCUGCCUGGUUCCCUGAGUUGUGUCAAAACGUUGCAGAAAUCACCCGGUAGUCAGCCACGAGAGAGGAAAUCAUCAUCCUCAUCAUCCGAAGACCGGAAUAAGAUGAAAACUCUGGGUCGAAGGGACUCCAGUGACGACUGGGAAAUUUCAGAAGGUCAGAUCACAUUGGGUCAAAGGAUAGGAUCGGGCUCAUUUGGAACAGUGUACAAGGGAAAGUGGCAUGGGGAUGUUGCCGUGAAGAUGCUGAAUGUUACAGCUCCGACACCUCAACAGCUACAAGCCUUUAAGAAUGAAGUGGGAGUCCUCAGAAAAACCCGGCAUGUGAACAUCCUCCUAUUUAUGGGUUACACAACAAAGCCUCAGCUUGCCAUCGUGACGCAGUGGUGUGAGGGUUCCAGUCUGUAUCACCACCUUCACAUCAUCGAGACCAAGUUUGAGAUGAUCAAGCUCAUCGACAUUGCCCGCCAGACUGCCCAGGGCAUGGACUACCUACAUGCGAAGUCCAUUAUCCACAGAGACCUGAAGAGUAAUAAUAUUUUUCUACAUGAAGACCUGACGGUGAAGAUUGGAGAUUUUGGCUUGGCAACAGUAAAGUCACGGUGGAGUGGUUCCCAUCAGUUUGAGCAGUUGUCUGGUUCUAUCCUGUGGAUGGCGCCUGAGGUGAUUCGAAUGCAAGAUAAGAACCCCUACAGUUUUCAGUCCGAUGUCUACGCAUUUGGGGUGGUUCUCUAUGAGUUGAUGAGUGGACAAUUACCCUACUCCAACAUCAAUAACCGAGAUCAGAUAAUCUUCAUGGUUGGCCGAGGUUAUCUGACCCCUGACCUCAGUAAGGUGCGCAAUAACUGUCCAAAGGCAAUGAAGAGGUUAAUGGCAGAUUGUCUGAAGAAGAAACGUGAUGAGCGCCCUCUGUUCCCUCAGAUCCUUGCCUCGAUUGAGCUGCUGGCCAGGUCCUUGCCAAAGAUUCAUCGCAGUGCGUCGGAACCCUCUCUCAAUCGGGCCGGUUUCCAAACUGAGGACUUCAGUCUGUAUACGUGUGCUUCCCCAAAGACACCCAUUCAGGCUGGAGGAUAUGCCGGUGAGUUUACUGCAUUCAAAUAGAUGGGGACACCUUACCACCGGCCGGAGCAAGUGUUUGCUGUCACGUCUCGUGUCCUCCCAGUUGUUCCGGGGUUUAAACCUGCAAACAGGAACUACAGCUGUUGACUGAGCUGCCGUUUGUAUCAUUUUCAAGACAGAUUCUGCCAACCGAUUUCUGCAAAGUUGUAGCUCUGAAACUGCCUGAUGCGCAAAUGUGAGUUGCCCCAGAGCCAGCUGUAGCUGUUUGUCUCCCUGAACGAAGAGGAAGGAGGAAACAGCUUCUCUGGAUACUGUUUGCAGUUACUGGGGAGAGGGACAGCGGCCAGGCAUGAAGAGGAAUCUUUGAUAAUCAAGGGACCAUGGGGAGGUUGGGCUGCAACAAUGUUGUAUCGCCCACACUGUGUGAUUGUCUCCCUGCCCCAGACUGGGUUGUGCAAUAACCAUGAUUGAAGAGCAGGAGAGGCCCUAUUACAAUCGAGCAGGAAAUGUUGUGGAACAGCUGCAGUGGCCGCUGUCCCUUGCUCAGCCCUACACUGAGGCACAGAGACACUUUUAUUUAUGUAUAUUUUAUAAUUUAUUCAUUCUUUCCUGUGAGAGGUCAGCACGCUCUUCCUGCCCCCACACAGCACCCCCCACCCGGUACUCCUGGUGCUCCCAUUCUCCAGCUGAUGCUUUUUGUCUCGGGUAAUCUGUUGGUUUCUGCGUCCAGGAAGAGGGAGCAGACAGUGGGCUGUCACUGUUCCCCUGUAGGAGAUCCCCCAAAAUGACCAUUAAUUCCCUUCUCUGCUGCUCAGUUCCCACUGGGUGAAAAUAGGUUGCAUUUUUAGCCCUGGUCCUCCACCAGGUUACGGGGCAAGUGUGUGAUCCUUGACCUUUGCUGUGAGACGGCGUGUUAAAUGCAGACCGUAGAGCCGGCUGUUGCUCUCUUGCUCCAGCUAAGACUGUGCAUCUGCUCCAGGCCAGUCGGCUCUCCCGCACUAGGAAGAAAUAAAGGGCUCGGGGAAUCCGAUGUUGAAUUCUGAAGGGCGUCAUGGAGUUGUCAGAACAAUGAGUAUUCGACUUGACUGUGAUGCCAUCUGUUGUGGACUAGCUUACAGUCACAGGAGGUCAUCAGACCUGAACAAUGGCUCUUCGGAAAAGAUUCAGAUAUUGAAAUGAAACGAAGGAGCACUAAAUUAGCCCCUGUGUUAAUCACCAGCAUGGGUCUUUGGCUGCUAUUUCAUACCAGUCAGGAGCAGAAUUAGGUUAUCCUAACAUGCUGCAGUAAAAUCAGGACCGAUCUCUGUGCCCUCCAUUUUCCUGCCAGUCCCCCCAGACCCUCAUCCGGGGGAAGGGACAGUGAGGGGCUUGAAGAUUGAACAUUAAAAUUCUAGUUGAAAUCCACUACAUGCCUAACCGAUACUUGUACAUCUCAGUUCUACCACAUGGGCUGUUUCUAGAAACAGCAACUGUGGAGGUCAGUCUGUUAAGAUAGGGCUAUAUUUGUAUCAGCAGCAACACAAAUUACUUAGAGACUCAAUCUGUCCCGUAAUGAGGCCCUAGUAAUCUCUGUCAGUAAAUGCUGUGUCAGUCCACUGGUCAUAUAAUUACCCAACCUGAAAAUUACCAUUGACUGUCGGUUCAAUCUAAAUUUAUAAUACUCAGGCACUUCAGACUGGACAUAGCCUUGUUGCGCCCAGUUCUAGAUGGGACCAGUCCCUCAGUAACAGUCUCCACUAAGUUGGAUCUAAUGUUUCAGUUUACCAUUUAAACAGCAACCCCUGUAUUGGCUCUCAGUACAAUGUAAAGACAGCUGAGCUUUAGUUGUCACCAUCUUGUGCUUUUCCUUGUUACAGACCUUACCAGAGCCAGCAAGUGCUAGUGUCAUUCACACUGAAAGGAGGUGGGUUCUAUUGCGCAGUGUUAUUGCCAAGAGGGUACAAGUACCAGUCAUGAGCAUUUAGCUCUGUAGCUGGCUAGGUUCUGUCCACAGCUGCAUAGGCAGCUUCCAGCUAGCACUGCCAGCAAACUGUAGCCACAAACAUCACAGCUGGUAACUCCAUGCUGCAGUACAGCUACUAAGCGUUGGUCAGUCCAUCUCUGUAUCAGACCCUGUUUAAGGUAACUCCCCCCCCCCCCCCUCCCCCCCCGCCCAAAAGGUGAUAGUUGGGGUUAGGUGCACCUUCUGGAGUUUUGCUGCUAUGAUUCAAUUAGAAGCUGAACUUCAUGACUGCUUUUUAAAAACAUUUAUGUACAAGACAAGGGAUUAAAGUGAUCCCUGUGCAAUAACGUUCAAAAUGUGAAACAGUUGGCUUUUGGAGACAUCGCUUCCACUACAGGGGUGUAGACAGGGCAGAGUGUCACUUUCUGCUGCUGUGGCCCUGUCCAUUGGUGAGACUACAGCUGAGGGAGUUUGAAAGAACGUCUGCCUAAAAUAAGGCGACUACACCUGGAGUCGCAGCAUGAGCGGCUGUGGAUUGGAGUAUGGAAGCCAGGGAUUGCAAUGGCAAAAAUAAACCCUUGCAGUGUACGUUUUAAACUUAUUCCUUCCCCUCCACGAAGGGGCACAGGUACAGAGGGCAGAGGGAGCUGACCCAACUUAUACAUUACCAGCUUUUGCAACGAGCAAGCCACUUAUCCCCUACAUAGCCCUGCAAUCUUUUUCUUUGGUACAGUCCUUGCCAAAAUUCCUAUCUCAGAGAAUUACCAAAAAAAUCUUAAUUUAGUAGGUGCUGAUUCCAGUGCCAAACCAAAACGCUGGCACUUCUUGAGGUGCAGCAGGCUCCUAAAAGAGGGGGAAUAAAAAUACUGGUCAAGGUCCUGCUUUCAUGUCUGUUCUAAGAUUAGAGCAAGGAUUGCUUCUCACGGUCAAAAAUCAGCUUCAUCUUGGAUCAGUGUAAAGACUAAAUGUACUGUCAUUUGCAUUCUGCUCCCUCCCCCAGUACCUUCAAUUCUCACCUGUAAAUUUGUAAAAUGGAAUAUAUUGUCAGUUUGCUAUAGAGCAUGGAUACAAAAUUUUGAUAGAUAAUUCAAAAACCUUAUUGUGUAAAGUUAUUUAAAAGACUGUAUUAUAAAAGUUCUAUGUAUGUGAAUAUUGGAAACACUAUAAUAAAGGA